AAACCACAGUCGCAGUUGUGAGAGCUGAAGCUACGAAGAGUCGGGUGGAUUAUGGCUUUAUCUGCAUUUGAUCAAGAAUUAUUGUCGCUUAUAAGCGAGUAUGACAUUAUUUGGCGAGAAGAUGCUUCAAUGGAUACUGGAUUUUGGGUGGAUGCUGCGUUUCAGCAAGUUGUACUGAUCCUGAGUAUCGACUGCAGCGAGCGUUUUCCGAACGAAUAUCUUUUCUUUGCUUACGUCAAACAAAGAUGGGAAGAAUUAUUGACAUGGCGAUAUAAUCAUUACAAAAUGUAUGUUCAUACCAAUGAUUCACGUCCAUCACCAUCUGAGUCUAACCUCUGGAAUGCCAUGGCAUUCCUUCCUGCAGUGCAACAAUAGACCUAUCUUGAUUAUGUAACGUCUUGUCAAAGUAAACAGAAGAAUUAUCUUAAAAUGCUUUUUAUCGUUACAGAUUAAGGAUCCGGCUAGCAUCCACGACAAUCGUCGAUUGUAACUCAGCCUCCCAGAUUAUGGAAUGAGACUAAAUAUUAUUUACCAGAAUUUGUGGCAUGAUUCAUGAUUAAUU